AUGGUCGGAGCGGUAGGGGCGGACGAGUUUGGCCCCCCUUUGCUAAAAGGCAUGCAAGCGGACGGCAUCGACAUCAGCGGCGUCCAGGUCGUUGAGGGCCAAACAACGGGCGUAGCCGUGAUACUCGUCGAGCAAUCCAAGGGCGAGAAUCGGAUCCUUCUAAAUCCCGGUGCGAACUACAAGCUUCAGCCUGAGGACUUCCUAUCCACCGAAGCAUUGGGGACUCCUAAACCUGAUUUGAUCAUCAUGCAGCUGGAAAUCCCCCUCCCAACUGUCUUGCAAAUCCUCAAGACGGCCAAGGAAGCCGAUGUUGAUGUGCUGUUCAAUCCUGCGCCUGCGGUGGAGUUACCACUCGAUGUAUAUGGAGCGAUCACGCACUUGGUAGUCAACGAAAGCGAAGCUGCCAUCCUAACCGGCCGGAAGGUCGGGGAGGUCGAGGAGGUCGGCUUCGAUUGGAAUUUAGUCACGGAUGAAUUUCUGCGCCGAGGCGUGAAGAACAUCAUCGUAACACUGGGCUCCAAGGGGGCGUUCUAUUCGCAUGAGGGCAAGGGGAAGGGGGCAUUUGUCCCAGCGGAGAAGGUUGAGAAGGUUGUGGAUACUACGGCUGCGGGGGAUACGUGGGUUGGUGCUUAUGCAGUGAGUAUUGUGAGGAGGAUGGGUGAUCCGGAUAGGUUUGUUAGAGAGGAGGAUGUUAGGUUGGCGUGUAGGGCUGCGGGGAGGACGGUGGAGAAGAAGGGCGCGCAGAGCGCAAUUCCGUGGGAGGAUGAGGUUGAUAGGAAAAUAUAG